CUCAGCCGCCCGGAGCGCCGACGGCGGCCGCACAAGGUUCGAGCCGUCCUCAUCAAACACCGCACCUGUCGCCGCCCGCGAUCGACGCCAGCCCUGCACUCGACGAGGACGACAUCAUGGACGUGGACAGCACCGCCGAGCCGAGCGUGGUCGGCCCCGAGAGCGAGGCGCCGUCGCCGGGUCCGCCUCGACCUCUCGAGCCCGAGGUCCGCAACACCGAGUGGGCGCCGCCUGUCGUCACCAAGACGCCCAACCUGCCCUCGAGCCCGGCUCCUGCCUCGCAGUUCCCGUCGUCGACGCAGCGCCGCACAAAGGACGAGAUCGCCGCGCAGAAGGAGGCUGCUCUCCGCCGACGCCAGAACGAGACGACGCGAGAAAGCGUCACGACCGCGAGAAGAAGCGCGAGCAACUCGCGGCGAGCUCGCUCGGCCAGUUCGGCUUCACGAUCUCGGCGCCGGGCAUCUCGCGGUACGGCACGGGCAAGGGCGGCCUCGACAUCAAGCCCAAGGUCGAGCACGGCCCAGGAGGAGCCGCCGCCGCCGCACCCGAGGUGCCGCAGGUCUGGGAGCCGGACGAGCGGUGCUCCGACGAGCAGCUCGCCGUACUCGAGCAGGUCCGCGCCGGCGGCAACGUCUUCUUCACGGGCUCGGCCGGCGUCGGCAAGUCGUUCCUCCUGCAGGAGAUCACGCGCCUCCUCGAGCAUCUCCAGCGCCCGUACCAGGUGACGGCGACGACCGGCAUCGCCGCCCUCCAGAUCAGCGGCAUCACGGUCCACUCGUGGGCCGGCGUCGGCCUCGCCAAGGACACGGUGUCGGCGCUGUACGGCAAGAUCACGAGCUCGCCCGAGAAGGAGAAGACGUGGCGCAACACGCAGGUCCUCGUCAUCGACGAGGUCUCGAUGAGCCCGGCCGACCUGUUCACCAAGCUGCACGUGCUCGGCAAGCUCGUGCGCAGGAGCAACAAGCCGUUCGGCGGCAUCCAGCUCAUAGUGUCGGGCGACUUCUUCCAGCUUCCUCCUGUACCCGAGCCAAAGCCCGACUGGCGGUGUAUGCGCUGCGGUGCGUCCCCUCUCGCUCUCGAGCCUCCUCGGACCCCUCUGACUUUAUCCUCUUUUCAGGCCACCACAUCAUCAAGAAGCUCGCCUUGCACGACGCCUGCCUGCCUUACGAGGAGCGCGCCAAGCCUGUGCCGCAAGCCGACAUCUACCGCUGCGUGA